AUGGGCUGUGAGGAGCACAGCCCCUCUCUCCCUAAAGGAGACAGCAGCAGGCUGCUGGGGAACCCGCGGCCGGGCUACGGGACGUUGCAGCCAGAGCCUGAGAGAUCCCACAUGGAGGUGACAGGCUACCAGACCAAGCCCUGGCGGGUGGCCCUGUGCCACACGUGCUCCGUGCUGACAGCUGGGCUGCUCCUCAUCCUCUUCCACUGGAAGCCAAGCCUGGAGGUGCAGGUGAAGUGCAAACCCUGCGCCCUCGGCCAGGCCGACUGGGUCAUCAUCAGGGACCGAUUUGGCCAGAGCUUCACCGCCCGCGUGCGCACGGAGCCGCUGGGGGAGGGCAGCCUGGAGCAUCACCCAGGGGCCAGGCUGGAGGACAGGAGGACCAGCAUUGCCAUCGGUGUGGCGGAUGAGGAGGAGAGCAGGGACACCAUCCGGCUCCAUGAGAAGGAAGAGAAGAACCUCCUGCGUUACUACCUCUUCGAGGGCACGCGCUACGUGUGGCUGGAGCGGCGCCAGGCCUUCUGCAGAGUCAGUGUGUUGGAUGAAGGUUGGACCUGCUCAGAUCUCCACCUCUCUCAGGCUGGGCUGGACCAGCAAGACCACAACAUCAGGAGGAAGAUCUAUGGGCCCAACCUCAUCGAGGUGCCAGUCAAGUCCUACACCAGGCUCUUGGUGGAGGAGGUGCUCAAUCCCUUCUACAUCUUCCAAGUGUUCAGCAUUGUCCUGUGGGUCUGUGAUGCCUAUUACUACUACGCUGCCUGCAUCUUCCUCAUCUCCACCAUCUCCUUGGGGCUGUCCCUCUAUGAGACCAGGAAGCAAAGCACCACACUGCAGAACAUGGCCAAGAUGUCUGUUGGUGUCCGAGUCCAUCGUCCCAGCGGAGAGGAGAUGGUGGUGAGCUCUGCUGACCUGGUGCCAGGUGACUGCAUCAGCCUCCCCGCCGAGGGGCUGGUGGUGCCCUGCGACGCGGCGCUGCUGAGCGGGGAGUGCAUGGUCAACGAGAGCAUGUUGACAGGGGAGAGCGUGCCCGUGAUGAAGACCCCGCUCCCGGCCGGCGGGCAGGGCGCUGGGAACAUCUACUCCCCUGAGGAGCACAGGAGGCACACGCUGUUCUGUGGGACACAGGUCAUCCAGGCCAGGGCCUACCUGGGCAGUGAGGUGCUGGCUGUGGUGACCCGCACAGGGUUUUGCACGGCCAAAGGGGAUCUCAUCAGCUCCAUCCUCUACCCCAAACCCGUGAGCUUCAAGUUCUACAAGGAUGCAGUGAAGUUUGUCCUGUUCCUCUCCAUCCUGGCUCUGGUGGGCACACUGUACAGCAUCCUCAUCCUGGUGAGGAACCAGGUCCCUGUGGGGCAAAUCAUCAUCCGUGCCCUUGACCUUGUCACGGUCAUCGUGCCACCAGCUCUCCCAGCUGCCAUGACCGUGGGCACCAUCUAUGCCCAGAACAGGCUGAAGAAACAGGGCAUCUUCUGCAUCAGCCCUCCCCGCAUCAACCUCUGCGGGAAGAUCCGCCUGGUUUGCUUUGACAAGACGGGAACGUUGACGGAAGAAGGUCUGGAUGUCUGGGGGGUGGUCCCACUGGAGAACAACCACUUCAUGCCCAUUGUCCACGAGCCCCGCUGCCUGCCCGCUGGGCCCUUGCUCUACACCCUGGCCACCUGCCACACCGUGUCCCUGCUGAGGGCACAGCCCAUUGGGGACCCUGUGGACCUCAAGAUGGUGGAAUCCACUGGCUGGCGCCUGGAAAUGAUGGAGGAGGAGGAGGGGGAGGUGCCCACCUUGCAGCAGUUUGGGACCAAGGUCCUGGCUGUGAUGAAACCUCCACCUGAGGAAGAACAGCCACGAGGCAGGAAGCACGAGUCACCCCUGGGGAUCCUCCGGCGUUUCCCCUUCUCCUCCUCCCUGCAGAGGAUGAGUGUCCUGGUGAAGGUGCCUGGUGAGGCCCCAGCCCACGUCUACACCAAGGGAGCCCCAGAGAUGGUGGCCAGUCUCUGCAGGAGGGACACGGUGCCCAUGGACUUCUCCCAGAUGCUGAGGCACUACACCACGGAUGGCUUCCGGGUCCUGGCUCUGGCCUGCAAGCCCCUGAGCACGGUGACCACCUUCGAGGAGGCCCUGCAGCUCCAGAGGGACUCCGUGGAGAGCAGCCUGACCUUCCUGGGCUUCCUGGUCAUGAAGAACGUCCUCAAGCCCGAGUCUGCGCCCGUGAUUCACCUCCUGAGGAAGGCAAACGUGCGGCCCGUCAUGGUGACAGGAGACAACAUGCUGACAGCCGUGAACGUGGCCAGGGGCUGCCGCAUGGUGGAGCCCAAGGAGCAGGUGAUCUUCGUCAGCGCUUCUCCUCCAGCCCAGGACAAACCAGCCGCGCUGAAAUUCAUCCCGGCCGAGCAUUCCCAAGGCGAGGAGCAGCCUGAGGGGUCUGGGUGCAGGUCAGAGCUGGGCUGCAGACCAAGGAGCUGUUUCCCUGGGCAGGGUCAGUGCCAGCCCUGCCACUUGGCCCUGAACGGCAAAUCCUUCGCCGUGGUUUGUGAGCACUUCCCAGACCUGCUGCCCAAGAUCCUGCUCCGAGCCACCAUCUUUGCCCGCAUGUCCCCUGAGCAGAAGACUCAGCUGGUCUGCAGCCUCCAGGAGCUCAGCUACUGCGUGGGGAUGUGCGGGGACGGGGCCAACGACUGCGGGGCCCUGCGCGCGGCCGACGUGGGCAUCUCCCUGUCGGAGGCCGAGGCCUCGGUGGCCUCGCCCUUCACCUCCCGCGUGGCCACCAUCGAGUGUGUCCCCUCCGUCAUCCGGGAGGGCAGGUGCUCCCUGGUCACCUCCUUUGGUGUCUUUAAGUACAUGGCCCUGUACAGCCUGGUGCAGUUUGUGUCCGUCCUGCUGCUCUACACGAUCAACACCAACCUCAGCGAUUUCCAGUUCCUCUUCUUCGACCUGAUCAUCACCACCACGGUGGCCGUGCUGAUGGGCCGCACUGGUCCUGCCCAGGCCCUGGGGCUGGAGCGUCCCCAGGGCUCCCUGAUCAGUGUCCUGGUGCUGGGCAGCCUGCUCCUCCAGACAGCUCUGCUCAUCACUGUACAAGUCCUCAGCUACUUCGUCACCGUCUCGCAGAGCUGGUAUGUGCCACUGAACAGCACGGUGAUGGCCCCCCAGAACCUGCCCAACUAUGAGAACACUGUCCUCUUCUGCAUCACUGGCUUCCAGUACCUCAUCCUGGCUGUUGCCAUGUCCAAGGGGUACCCAUUCAGGGAGCCACUCUACACCAACGUGCUCUUCUUGGCAGUCCUCAUCCUCCUCUUUGGCCUCAUGGCCUGGCUGACCCUCAACCCACUGGGCUUCCCCAAGUCCUUGCUGAAGCUGAAGACCAUCAAUGACUUGAACUUCAAGCUGCUCCUGCUGGCCCUUGCUGUGCUCAACUUCUUUGCUGCCUUCGUGCUGGAGACUGCCCUGGACCAUGGUUUGCCCAGGUGCCUCCGCAGGCUGCGCCGGAAGAAAGUGUCCAAGAAGCUUUUCAAGAGGCUGGAGAAGGAGCUGAGGCAGCAGCAGCCACCCUGGCCCCCCCUUGACCAACCUCUCUUUGCUACACCCAAGAUGUCCAUUGCUGUCAGAUAG